GGUAAGUGAACGUGAAUUCUGUACUCUGUCAUUUAAAAUAGACUUAUUUUUGCUAUUUUCGUAUGGGCAAAAUACAACUUUCAACGUAAAAUGUCGCAUAAGAUCUAGAAGAAAACAGUGUUUUAUUUCCCCUCUCAUUCAGUGAGCGGUAGACCUUAGGACAAAGUAAUUUCAUCCCGGAGAUUGAAGUCAACAGGCCAAAAAUUGUUUGGGUGCAAAAAAUCUCUCAGUCUGUCAGAAUUAACCUCCAGAUAAAAUUAAAAAGACUCUAAAAUGUACAUGUUUCCUGUAGUUAUAGUUGAAAAUGUCCGCUAAAAAUUGACUCUUUAAAUUCGUCUUCAAGAUGUGAGCGCGGAUGAAAGAAAGGCUAUAAUACAGCAGAGACUAUCAUCUGAUGAUGUUAGCAUGCUAAACCUACAGUCAACGGGCCUAUGAGUAAAUACAAAUAAUAUCGCACUGUAUUUAAAGAACUUAUCUAAUUAACGUUAAUAGAUUAUGUAAUAUUCUUAUUCAUAAUAACCAUUAUUUGUUUUCUAUACAAGUUUUUAUUACAUUGGAAUUGAUUGUAUGUGGCUGUGUUUCAAAACCUAGUUAACUGACUAUUUAGACAGCAUUUGGAACGCGCGUAUGGCGUCAGAAUUGCUGUCUAGGUAGGCAGCUUGUGUACUUUUGAAAUAACUCCACCAUCCACUUUCGGAAUCGCAGUUGCUAAAGCGCCGUUUUUGUCUUGAAUUUGACUUUUGUUGUUGUUGUUAGUCCCCCCCCCCCCCCCCUUUAAUUUAUUUACAUCUAAUGAUCUAUUAAGAUUAACUUACGUACGUAAAUACUUUAAAAUCUCUUUUUAUUGUUUUCCCGAGAUCUGAUAGUGACAGACUAACGACGUGUUUACAGUACGUUGGCUCUAUUUUAUGUAACGAAUGUUUUUGGUUUGAUAUUUAAACCUCAAAAUAUAAAGUUUAAACAUUUUCGAGAGGGAUUAAAAGUGUAAAACACCUGUCCAAAGCGAUUUUAUGUCAUUCAGACUUAAUAUUUAAAAAUGUAUCCAACACCUUGUCUAUAAAUGGAAAUGCUAACAGUUUUGUUUUUGUUACAGACUGCAGGUUGAACCACUGUCUUGUUCGUUUCGGAGUCUACAAGUCACAUUUGGAUUAAUAAUGGAAGUCCCAAAAAAACAUCAGAUCAAACGGAACACAGUCAUUUCUAAGGCUGCCCCCUGGCACAGUGGUAGGUGGGUGGUGUGGAGCUGGCCUCGGCACCGGGAGAGGCCCCCUCGCCCGCCCCCUCCCAGUGCUGCAUGGCUGCAAUGGCGCCCGCUCUGACCGACGCUCCGGCCGAAGCUCACCGCAUACGCUUCAAACUGGCUCCGUCCUCCUCCACCCUCUCCCCGAGUGGCGUGGAGGGAAGCGGCACCGGAAACCACAUCCUCGUGUCCAGUAACGGUGCCGUCAAGCGCAAGGCCUCGGAGGAGCGCCCCUCUCGCGGGGCCGGGCCCUGCAAGCCCAUUGUAACCUCAUAUCACUGUUCAGAUGUGUCCUCGGCAAAAGAGUCCCUGAAGCUGCAAGGUGUUCUUCUGCAGACGCACAGCAUACUGCCAAGCCUCAUACCACGCAAGCACCAGGCUUUAGAUCUCUGCGAGGAGCAGCCAAAGAGCAUCAUGAGUGCCAGUGGAGGAGGUGGACCAUGUGGGCCGCCCACCGUGCAAGGCGCCACUGUCAAUGGCAUAGCAAAGAAAGUGACUAAACUGACUGACCAAGACAAUGCGGUGACCUUAAAUGGUGGCCAAUAUACCAUCGAGCAGGAUUUGUCAAAUCAGACUGAAGUUGUCAAUUCUACCAGAGGACUGACAAGUAACGGUCCUCUUCGAGAAGGUGUGGAGCAGCACCAGCCGCCAACAGCUGAGUCCCAGAACUGUCCCAGUAAUGGAGAACCUCCCUCAACAUCCCUCACCUCCAUCGCACCUUUUACAGAAGACAAAAUCUCGGACUGUCCGCCGUUAGGCAGUGAAGAUACGUUAGCACUCUUACUCGCUGCCCACCAAGAUCCAUUAAUUGGUCUUGGAGUGGAGCUAAGUGACCGUACUCAGCACAGCCAGAGCAGACAAGGGGAGAUCGAGUCGCGGCUACGGCGAUUACGCAAACGGCUUCAGGUGGUGCAGGCCAAGCAGGUAGAGCGGCACGUGCAACAACAGUUAGGCGGACUACUAAAGAGCACUUUGGGUGCUCUGAAUGCCAGGCGGCCGAGGGGGCGUUACGGCGAUGACUCACUCACCCCUCAGGAAAGGGAUGGACUAAGACGUUUCCUGAAGAGUGGAUCCAUGCCGGCUGAGUUGGAGCAACUGUCCUUGAGCUGCACAACCAACCUGCAUUCCACCGAAUGCGCGUUCGAUUCUGACGCCACAGAAAGCAGCUCAGGAGGAGAAACUGAUGUAGAGGAGGAUGAACUGGCUCGGGUCGACAUCGAGCAACGCCACAUUCCUCUAUGUAGGAGAGCAGAAGGCCGUUAUGCUGUUGACCGAGCUGCCAUCAUCAGUCACUGGAACUGGCUGCAGGCCCAGGUUUCAGAUCUGGAGUACCGUAUACGCCAACAGACCGACAUUUACAGACAAAUCCGCUCCAGCAAGGGCUGUGUUGCACUUGGGGAGAGCUCCGUGUGUGAGUCAGUGCCAGAGGACAACAGUGACUCAAGGACAGAGACCAUUACCUGCCCUGUCCCACGGGAGCUUGAUACUGGUGAAGUGGAAACAUCUGUAUCAUCUAAUGGUAUCGUCACAGAAACUGACUUGAGGAAAAGCUGUGGACCUGUGAAACAAGUCAAUGGUGUUAUCAACAGCUUACUGCCCAGUUCCCCUGUCACCUUGGACCCAGACGAGCAGAGCCGCUCCGAGUCCCAGCAGAAGCUGGAGACGGGCCCUCAGGCUUCUCCUGCACCAGACAGCACAUGUGUUGCGGCCCGCACGCGUCCGCUGCUCUCAUGCAGGAAGCGCAGAGUCCUCCGGCCCGGCUCGCUCACCAGUCUCAAUCGUAAGGCUCAGAGGUCAGUGGCUCCUCGCUGUGGCUGUGAGCUGAAUGCUCAGUGUGUGAUGUGCAGUGGACGUGCUCUUCCUCCUGCAGACACCCAGCACCAGCUCCCUCUACUGGACAGACUGGCACAGUUCGACCCCUGCAUUCACCCCAUCCUCUCAUUUACAGACGAUGUGAUGAUGAAUCUCCAUAUGCAGCGUGUGCUGAAGGGACACUGGCAGAAUCGUCCUCUGGAUAAGAUCAAGCCCAUCAAGAAGAUCUCGCUCAAGCACAAGUUGUGUAUGGGGAGCCGCAUCUCAGACCCGUCAUCCAAAGACCGACACAAGCUCGCCAACUCUCUCCUCUCCACAGUCCGUUUGUCGCAUCCUAAGGUGCGCUCAGAGAAGGUCUUUCAGCAGCAGUUAGACAUCCCAAUCAGUGCCAGUAAACAUGACUCUCGCCAGCCUUUCGGCCGGAGCAGUUCUUUUGACAGGACUCACGGCCGAAAGAGACCUCGUGAACCCUCGCUGGACCGUGCUGAAAAUGCUCCAAAGUUGAAUAUGGACAUGGGGAGUCCGUGCCCCUCUCUGUCUGCUCUCAACACACCCACCCACAGUCCUCUGAUGAGACAGCCGUCAAUAUCCGAGACCUACACACCCCUCCACCUCAACAGCAGCGCUGCCACUAUUCGCCGACGGAGAGGAGAGAGCCCCUUCGACAUCAAUAACAUCGUCAUCCCCAUGUCUGUGGCCGCCACCACCCGCGUGGAGAAACUACAGUACAAAGAGAUCCUUACCCCGAGUUGGCGAGAAGUGGACAUUUUUGCAAAACCAAUAUCUGAAGAGGAUGAUGCUGUGGAGAUCGAGGAUCUCUCUGACGUCACGUUCUCUCAGCUUCACCUUCCGUGUGAGGAGCAGGAGCGCUCUCGCUGGAGUUGGACUGCCAGCAACAUCGCAAAGAGAAGAGGCAGCAGGUCAUACAAGUCUGUGGACGGAAGGACAACCCCGUUGAUGUUCGGCACAAACCCCUCCACACCGCAGCCCUCGUCUCCAGACACGCCCCAUUUCCACAUGCUGCAUGAUUACAACUCGGUGACAUCUCCCUCCAGCCCCGUCAGUCCAGAGAUGCUGAUGCUGUCCGGCCUCCACACACCCGGCUCCAGAGACUCGCAGCGGCUGCAGUCCAACGAGGACACGCGCUGCUCCACCCCAGAUACCUACGAGGAAAUGGCUCCCCAGCCGGUUCAGCCGUGGGAAUGCCGGACCUUUCCCCUGGAUGUGGAUCCGCAGCAGGAGAGCGAAACCCUACACAGUCCAGCCGGCGAGAGGCCCUGUAGGACCAUUCGACGGGUGUCCGGGUGCAGGUCGUCCAAGUCGGAGUCUGACGCUGGGCCUCCGUCACCUCUCGAUGAUGACUGCGCCAAGCAAAAACAAAGCAACCCACCCAAACCUACUCACCGAUGAAGCCUAGACUCUGCCCACCCAACGAACCCCCGCCCACCAGCUUUCACCAACUCCUGAAACAGCAGCAGCAUAGAUGGAAAAAAAUAACCAACGACGAAACGAAUGAAAGACCCUGUUGUUUGAUAUUCAAACAUCAGUUAAUUCUUUCACGCUUUUUAGUGAAUUGUAUGGAGAUGCAUAUGAAGACUUGUUUUAAUUCAGUCUCGCUUUUGGGUCACUGGAGAAAAAAAGUGUAUUAAAUUAAAUUAGCUUGAGGGCUAAACCAAAAUAAGCAGCGCCGAAACGUAUCGUAUGUAACAGAAGAGCACUUCCCCCUUAGCAUGCUGUCGUACUGAGGGGCUCAGCUUGCAUUGUGUGUGGCACCUUUCCAGAUUUUUCCAAUAUUUUCCAAUUCUAAACUUACUCCUUUAGAUUUGAAGUUUAUACUGGAGUGAUAAAACGCAAAAAUCAAGUCAAUGAUAGUGAUUGCAAGAGACAAAGUGUGUGAAAGCACUUCGAAUUCUUUUUCUCUACACAUUCCCUGCCUAUUAUUUUAAACAGACAAACUUGCCCGAGAAGUGCAUGAAUUCCACUUCCUGGUUUCAUUUCAGUCCUACAUUCUCGUUAAUAGCGCGGUUUGUCUGUGGCCCACUUCUGUCAAAGUGACGGAGAGAGAGCAGGUGCCAGAAAACCAAACUGCUCUCAUGCACCUUUUAAACGCCACUGUCUGUUUGAUUAGAGCACUUAAUUGGUCUCUUGCACGACACGAUUGCCAGUAAACCUGAAUAAACGCACAGGAUGUGAACAUUUGAGACAAGAUUGCACUCUGUAGCUUAGCAUCGUGGAACAAAAUGGCUCUUUCUCGUGUGGGCCUGCAUUAGUGUGAAUUUUAAAGCACUUGACGUUGCUGUGCAUGAUCGGGUUAGUCCAGAAAACGUUGAGUCACUCCAAUAUAAACUGAAAUUUGGUGCCACUUGACCUUGAUUUCGUCCGAACCCUAUAUAAAAGAGCUCUUCAUUGAUUGGUCAGGUCUAAACUCUUUGUUUAAUAACACAAUCUGCAGUAGCUACAGCCAUCAUCGAAUCCCGUAACUUGAUGUUCGAGUAAUAAUGUCAGCUGGAGUGCUUGAUAGAAAAGGACUUGGCAAAUUUUCAUUCGUUGGCUCCUCUGUUGCUGGCGGUCACAGCCCCGGUUUUUUUAAUUUCUGUUAGCUCCCCAGUCAGUGAGUCACUGCUUGCUACUCCUUCCUGUUAUUUGAACUAAUACGAAUGUACAAGUCUAAUAGCGGACACCAGUUACUUAAGAUUUUUAUAAGUAGCUUCUCUGUAUCUGUCGUCACACGUUUCUAGCUAUUGUAGCCAUUUGUUCUUGUUUAAGGGAUGUCAUGUAAACCAGAAAUCCUUAAUAUAUUCCUUUUAUCUCACUGGAGUGUAUCAGCGUUCAUAGCGUCAGAGAAAUCUCAUCUGUUGAGGUUGUGUGGCAAAUCAUAAGGGGACCAUCUACGACUGUCCCAUUCAUUCUUAAUAUCAUUAAUUAUGGUUUUAUGUCUCUCUCUCUGUGGGGGUCUGUGUACUUAUCAGGCAAAUGUACCUUAAGGUUUGACAAGCUUUCGAAAGCCAAUAUUGUAUCGUGUGAGUUAUUUUCAUACUUUGAAUUUCCAGUGUGGGGAAUGAGGGUUGGGUGAGUCUGGUGUAUACUUUAGCAUGUGAUAGUUUGUACAAAACGACAACAACAACAAAAAAGUUUAUUUUGUACAUACCUUGUUUGAUUCUUUACUGUGUUUGAUGUUCAGGCUGUAGCUGUCCUGAUUGUUUAGGGAGAAGACACACGAAUAUUUAACUUUCUUUAUGGAGAGGCAACAAAAAAGAAAAAAAGUUUAUGGAUGAUUGGCAAAUAUCUGACAGACAGGCAACAGUUUGUGCUUCUCAAAUUAAAAGUGAAUUAUAUUGUA